AUGAUGAUUUCAAGUCCCGAGUUUGCUGAGUUUCUUGCGCAAGCUGGCGAUGUCCCAAACCCCCCGAUGUCUGCCAUGGCAGCGGCUUUCAAGCAGAACCCACCUCCUAAGCCACCAUCCACAGAGAUCGAGUACACAACGGAGAUCCCUAUGCGAGACGGAUACUUGAGCGAGCUUCGCAUCCAUCAUCCAAGCAAGUCAUCGACCGAUACUCGGGCCAUGUUCGUCUUGAUACAUGGCGGCGGCUUCUGCCUAGGAAACAACUUUAUCCACAGCUACCAAUCGCGGGCUAUCGCGUCGCUCCAUGAUGUCACCGUCGUCAAUCUUUCGUAUCGUCUUGCUCCGGAACACAAAUUCCCUGCCGGUCCCAAUGAUGUCUGGGACUCUAUGAAAUGGUUGAGCCAAGAGGGCAAUGCAAAAGAGCUCGGGUGUGACCUCUCGCUUGGAUUUUACAUUGGCGGUGUAUCUGCUGGUGGAAACCUGUCCGCGGUCACGGCACAGCGAUGGGUGUCAGAGAAGUGUAUGCCCAAGCUCACAGGGGUCUGGGCGUCCAUUCCUUACGUCUUAGAGGAAGAGAUCGUACCCAUUCAGUACAAGGGCUUCUAUCUCGCCAGGAAGCAGAAUGCCGACGCUAUGGUCAUCAACAAGGACGCGAUGGACUUUGUGCUAGACGCGUACAAUCCGGAUAUAUCGUCGCCGGCUUUCUCUCCCUUUCGAGCCGAGCAUCCACACACCGGAAUGCCACCCGUCUACAUUCAGGUUGCAGGCCAGGACCCGCUCAGGGACGAUGGACUCAUUUAUGAGAAAGCCCUGCGUGCUCACGGGGUGCCGACGAGACUGGAAGUGUACCCUGGUCUUCCUCAUGCAUUUGAUGGUAUGUUUCGGGAGCUGAAGGUUUCGCGGAAGAGCAUGUUCGACACUUUGAUGGGGAUUGGCUGGCUCACAAAGAAGAAUCUUGAUCGUGAACUGUGUGAGAAGCUGGUUGAAGAGUCAUAUAUGGCCACGCCCUCCGUGCGGCCGAUUUGA